AUGAUGGGCUGGGAAGAGUCAAUCGGUCAGAUCAAGGGCGGCUUUCAGGCAGAUAUUGUUUUCCUAAACAAAAAUCCCCUCGAGGACGUGACCGUCUUUGACCGACCGGAGGAGCAUGUUCUUGGCGUGAUGAAGGACGGCCGAGUGUGCAAGAGUCGCUGGAGCACUCUAGCAGAGGAUUCUGAGAUCCCUGUGAGAGUGAAGUAUAAUUAA